AUGGUCUACCAAUCUCGAAAACCAGAACCCUAUAUCAAAACCACCUGCAAAGAGUGCAUUACCCCGCUCGAGUUUCUGCCUGAAUCCGGUCUGAAAGGCCAGAAAGUGGACGUUCAGUGUUGGGCUUGCGGCAAAGUUGUGAGUUACGAACUCGAUGCUGCCGGUACAGGAAUUAAAGGCAAUUCCCCCAAGACGAAAUCACGGAGAAAAGGAACAGACGAGAAGCCGGCUUCGACCGAAUAUUACGAUUUGCUUGGCGUGAGUUCUACGGCAACACAAGAUGAAAUUAAAAAAGCGUACCGAAAAAUGGCCAUCAAAUAUCACCCUGACAAAAAUAGAGAUGAUCCAACCGCUGAGGACAAGUUUAAAAAAAUAUCCGAAGCAUAUCAGGUCCUUUCAGAUCCAACUCUCAGAAAACGAUACAACGAAUACGGUGAAGAGGAGCCGAAUGGAGGCUUUGUGGACCCUGAGGAGUUUUUCCGACAAUCGUUUGGUGGUGAUCGAUUUGUGGAUAUCAUCGGCGAGAUUUCCAUUGGACGUGAUAUGCGCGAAGCGAUGGAGACAGCCGAUGAAGAACAAGCGGAUGCAGCAUUAACGCCGGAACAAAAAGCCGAGAAGAACGCAGUCAAAGAGCAAGCCGAAAAGGAACGGGCAGAAACGCGGGCCAAGCGUGUGGAAGUAUUGAGCGGUAAACUCGUCAACAAACUGAGUCUAUAUACCGAACUGCCCGAUACUUCACCCACGUCGGUUGCGGCCUUUACAAAUAUCAUUCAAAUCGAAGCCGAAGAUCUCAAGCAUGAAAACUACGGUGUCGAACUUUUGCAUGCAAUCGGCUACACAUAUACCGCCAAAGCCAAUCAGUAUCUGGGCAAGAGCGUGGCUUUUGGUCUGGGUGGCAUGUUCCACAGCAUGAAGGAAAAGGGCUACAUCUUUAGCGAAACCGUCGGUACCUUGCGCACCGCCCUGGAUUUACAAUCCAGUUUUAGCCAAUUGCAAGAAGCGGAUGAAAAAGGUUUAACUGAAGAAGAGAAGAAGAAACUCGAGGAAUUGGCAGCGGAAAAGGGCUUACAAGCGAUCUGGCGUGGAUCGAAAUUGGAAGUGGAAAGUGUGCUUCGCGACGUAUGCGACAGUGUCCUGAACGAUCCUUUGGCAGACAAGGAUACAAAAAAGAGACGAGCGCAGGCUCUCAAGAUCAUCGGCACUGUGUAUCAACGCGUGAGACCGGAUGUCUCACCUGCCGAUAUUCCUAUGCAACCUUCCUCACCGUCCUCUUCGUCCUCCCACAAAGAGAAUGAGAAACCGCAAGCAUCUAAAGCAUCUGGAUCAUCUUGAACAUUUUACCCGAUAAUAAUUUGUUAUUAUUUAUGAUGAUGGCACAUUCUUUCGUGCAUGAACUAUUUUGUACUUUGUGUGUAUAGACGAGAUAAUAGGGAAACAAACCAACAGAGACUGGAUCGAUUUUUUGAUACACGAGGGAAACUCUGAAUGCUGUUAUUAAUUCUGGGGACAUCGUGACUAAAUAUACAGUGUUAUACGGAUCGUUCGGCUGCUGAAAUUUUUUUAUUAAACUUCGAUUCCAU